AUGACUACAGAAGAAAGCGUGCAUAUUCUCCCAGACGGCCUUGAGCUGUAUACUAAGACAUGGAAGACUAGCGGGUCUCCACUUGCUGUUCUAGCUUUUAUCCAUGGCUUUAGUGACCACUGCAAUGCCUACCACGAUCUGUUUCCAACACUGGCAUCGGCAGGCAUUGAGGUCAGGUCUUUCGAUCAGCGAGGAUGGGGCCGCAGCGUCAAAGAAAGCCGCGACCGCGGUAAAACAGGCCCAACCCCCCAAGUCCUCUCAGACAUGCACUCCUUCCUGCAAAACCUACCCGCCAACCCUGACAUGCCCCUCUUCCUAAUGGGCCACAGCAUGGGCGGCGGCCAAGUCCUAAACUACAUUUUCCACCCAGAGUCACCCUACAACGGAGACAAAUCCAAGCGGCCCAACUUCACCGGCGUGCUUCUGUAUUCCCCCCUAAUCGCCAUAGACCCGUCCUCCCGCCCGUCAAAGCUGACAGUCUCAGCGGGGCGACUUGUUGCAAAGUUGAUCCCGCAUAAGCAGCGGUACUCCCCGCUUGACCCAAAUUUGAUGUCUCGCAAUAAGGCUGUGGUUGACGAGUUCGUGGCUGAUACGCUGUGCCAUGAUACGGGUACUUUCGAGGGGUUGGCCGGCAUGUUGGACCGGGGUAUUUGGUUGGAGGGGAUGUUUGCGGCUGGGGAUGGGGCUUGGGUGAAGACUGGGCUGCCUUUCUGGUUUGGACAUGGGAAUGGGGAUCGCGUUACUAGUCAUCCGGCGACGGAGAACUUUGUUAAGGGGUUGACGGAGAAAGGUGGUGAUGUGAAGCUUCGUUCUUAUGAGGGCGCUUAUCAUAAGUUGCAUGCUGAGUUGCCUGAGACGACGGAGAGCUUUUUGGAGGAUGUGAAGGCUUGGAUUUUGGGCAAAGUUCCUGGGACGGAGGGAGUGGUUAUUCAGACUGAAGUAGAGGCUGCUAAGGGUGUUGAAGGUGAAGGUGGCAUAGACACUGCCGUGUCUAAAGAUGCGGAUAUCGAGGGUAAAGCGAAGCUCUGA